CAGGUAACUUCCUAGACAUCAACACCAAGACACGGGCAAUCAAUAUGCUGUUAGAAGACCAGAGAUUCCUCCAUGAGGACCUGGAGCGUCUGGAGCAAGCCAUUGCCGAACGUGUUGCAGAAGAUCCCAGGAAUAUCAAAGACCGUCUAAACCGAGACCACCAAAUAAACAAUUUCCUCACACGCAUCCAAGAGCAGUCGAAGCGCUUACUAGACAUCUACAAGGAUGCUGAAGGACUGCGGCUCAAGGAAGUGCAAAGCCUUUCCACGGGAGACCCGCUAGAAGAAUUCUACAAACAAUUAGAAGAGGUCAAGGACUUCCACCGUCGCUAUCCCAAUGAACCGGUCGAGAAUCUCGAACGCGCAUACAAGCGCCGGCGACCCGAAGAAGGGGAACCCAUCACUUCUGAAAUUGACAACAUGUUUACCGGAGAAGAGUCAAACGGCAGAUUCCUGGACCUAACGUCCUUACACGAAGACUACCUCAACCUUCCCGGCAUCAAGCGCCUCACGUACCUCCAAUAUCUCGACAACUUCGAUGCCUUCGAACCUCCUCGGCUACCCAUCAAGAGACAGAGUAAGGUGACAGACACAUAUCUGAAAUACGUGGCGGAUCUAGCCAGUUAUCUUGAAGGCUUCGUGCGGAGGACAAGACCACUAGAUGACCUAGCAAAACUGUUCCUGCGAAUGGAACGAGAGUUUGAAACAGCAUGGGAAGCGGGCACAGUUCCAGGCUGGACGAAAGAGACAGCACCUACCAACUCCACAGCCGGACCGCAGACAGAAGGCACAGGUUCUGGAAUUUGGUGUUCCGAUUGCGAGAAGGAGUUCGGUAAUGCGAACGUCUACAAAGCCCAUCUCACGGGGAAAAAGCACAUUCGCAACGCCGAGGCCAAAAAGUCGCAAACUAACGGCACAACAAAUCAACCCUCCGCAACCUCACUCUCCGGCACACAUCUGAAAGAACGAGUAAUCGCCUCCCACGAAUUCCGCAUCCGCGCCCUCGCCGACCUUCUCUCUAACGAACGCAGCAACACCCGCGUUAACGUCGAACGCAAACAAGGCAUGACCGAGCGAGAACGACAAGCCGAGCUGGACGCCCUCUUCGCCGAAGACGAUGCCGCGAUCGCCGCGUCCGACCGACGCGGUGACGAUUCGGACGGUGACUCCGACAGCGACGAGAGGAUCUACAAUCCGCUCAAACUUCCACUCGCCUGGGACGGCAAGCCCAUCCCCUACUGGCUGUACAAGCUGCACGGUCUGGGCGUCGAGUUCACGUGCGAGAUAUGUGGUAAUUUCGUGUACAUGGGCAGGCGGGCGUUCGACAAGCAUUUCAGCGAGGCGCGGCACAUUUACGGCUUGAAGUGUCUGGGCAUCACGGGCCAAGGCACCGGCGGGUUGAGUCUGUUCCGCGAGAUCACCGGAAUUCAAGAGGCGUUGAAUCUGUGGGAGAAGAUCAAGCGGGAGAAGCGCGACAAGGAGAGUAAAGAGGACGGAGUUGUCCAAAUGGAGGAUGGAGAGGGCAACGUCAUGCCCGAGAGGAUCUACUUGGAUCUGCAAAAGCAGGGUAUUUUGUAAGACAACGUCGUGGCGGCAUGCGUCAAAAAGAAUUGUGAUACCCUGGGCUCAAAACGC